UUUUCUGGUUGGUACAGCUAUGUUCGAAGCUCCAUUUCAUGGCUGAAGAACUGAAUGUUUAUAUGGGUACAAUGACUGGUCUCUACCCUCUUGGUCCCGAAUCCCAGAUUAGCUACUCUUUGACCCACCCACCCACCAUCACUGAAGAACAUAUGUUCUUGAAUAUCAGUACCACGUUGUACUUGCUGGGCAAGCCGAUUGUUCUCCCUCCACCUGUGUCCUCCUUCUCCCUGCCUCAUCAAGUGGGCUCUAAGAAUGCCAUGGUUAACUUUGUACUCCCAAAGGAGCUGUUUGACUCAAUUUACUUCCUCAUGCAGAAGUCUGGGUCCAUUAAUCUAGACAUCACAGGCCAGUUGAACUCUGUAAACAAUCAGCUGACCACAUCGGUGCUGGGGCUUCUGAUUCCUGAGGUCCGCCGUCAGUUCCCCAUGUCCAUGCCCAUAAUGAUGAAGGCUCGGAUCAGUUCUGCACCAACCUCUACCAUCCUUGGGGAUGAAGUGUCUUUAAAGCUCCCUUACUAUUUGGAGGUCUUGGCGGUCUCCUCUAACUCAGCCUUCAAGUCCCUCUUCUCUCUGGAUGUGAUUGUGGAACUGAAACUCAGCAUGUUUGUGUCUGGAGUGAAGUUGCAGGGUUCUGUAUCAUUCCUCAAGUAA